AUGCCUUCGCUCUUUGGGUAUGCGAUCGCCGCGCUGGCGGUGCCUACAUGGGCGCUAGCGCAGACGACCCUUAUGAUGAGCUCUUGCGGGCAUAUAACAGGCAAACCUGUAGUGAUUUCGGCGCCGGAAGCGCACCGCGUUCUCUCACACCAUCUCCACGCUGCCGAUGCGACGUGGAUGGAUGCUGAGCACACCAUGGCAGAAUCGCCAAACCUUUGGCACCAUCUGUCAGGUGAUGCUGUGAAAUACGAUGCCAAGAUGCUCUUUGAGCCAGAAGAUUCGCAUGGCAAUGUCGUUGUGGUCUUCCAUGGCCUCCAGGGUGAAGAGAAUUUGUUCCCGAGCACGCUCAAGGCUACCCACGAGAUUCCUGCCCACCUGUCGCCUUCGAAGGAGAGCUUUGAUGCGCUGGCAUCGCUGUAUGCGUCGUCUGUGAGUGGCGUGCAGUCAAGCUGGGCAGACUAUGAAGAGAAGAGUGCCAGUGCGUUGGACCGCCUUCAGGCCGAGUUGGCGCACAUCGCAAGCCUGGUGAGUGGCCCCGACAUGGAUUUGCAGGCCCUGGGCAGCGCACGUAUUCAAGCUCUUGCGGAUGUGAAGCGCGAGUUUGGAAGCGAAAGCAAGACAUACAAGGCAGCGAAGGAGCAAGUGAAGAGCACGCUGGAAGCGCUACUCGAGCGCGUGGAACGCCUGAGUGGUGCCAAAUUGGCGCUCAUUCACACCAGUGAGAAUGCUUCUACAACGCAUGAGCGCCGGGCACAGGCACCACUCUCGCAGCAAGCUGACCUGUUGGAGCCGUUCAUCGCGACCAUGCCGACGUCGGCUUCCAACGACGACAAAGAGAUGCCAAUGGGCCAACUUCCGUCAUGCCCAGCUUCGCGGGAAGAGCUGGAGAAGGCAACGAACAAAUGCCAUGGCCACGGCAAAGCGAUUCAGAGCUCCAAGGGCGGUGAGAUGUGCUGGCGGUGCCAGUGUGGCUCGACCCGGGAGAACGGCCGGACGACGAACUGGGCCGGUGCGGCGUGUGAGAAGCAAGAUGUGUCGUCACAGACGCUUCUUGUGUUGGGCACAGUCGCUGUUCUAUUCGUAUCGAUUGUGUGUAGCAUUGCCUUGCUAUACCGGGAGGGCACCCACGAGCUGCCAGGCACGCUCGCAAGUGUCUCUCUGCGCCCCACCUGA